ACAAUAAAAGUGUUUGAGAGGGGGUGAAACAGGUGUUAAAACCUUACGUGGUGUUAAUUGAUAAUGAAUUAAUAAAAAAGUUCACAAUAUGUGAAAGUUGUCACGUAUCUAUUCCAUAAGGAAAAAACAGUGUAAACAAAUUAUAAAAUGUUGAUUGAACGUGCGUUGCCCACCUCCCUAUGUUUGUUUACUUUACUUGUUGGUUGUUGUGGAUAUUUUGACUCUCAUGGCCAGGAAGACGAACAUUGUUUUUGUAAAUUACAGGAUCGUAUUAUAGACGAUUGUUCAUGUAAUGUUGAUACUGUAGAUCAUUUUAAUAAUGUAAAAGUAUAUCCACGGUUGCGCAGCAUGCUUACAAAAAAUUAUUUUAGAUUUUAUAGAGUAAAUUUGAAACGAGAAUGCCCUUUUUGGGUAGACGAUAGUAAAUGUGCAAUAAAAUAUUGUCACGUCGAGGCUUGUCAUGAAAGUGAUAUUCCGCCCGGAUUGAAAGGAGCUUCGAAAUCAAAGACCUGCUCAGCGAAAAAGUAUCUGCAACCUAAAGGUUGCGAUGACGAUCACAAUGACGAAUUAGGCUACCUUAAUACGACGAUUAGUGCUAAAGCCGAGGAAGAUUUCGUCUUGUGGCAAGCUCACGAUGAUGCCCAGGAUAAAUUUUGUGACAUCAAUGAGAAUGAUAAUGAUGCUGAAUAUGUUGAUCUGCUUCUCAAUCCUGAGCGAUACACUGGCUAUAAGGGAAAGUCGGCACAUCGCAUAUGGAACAGUAUUUAUAUGGAGAAUUGUUUUAGACCAGAUAACACCUACAAUGCAUACAUCGAAAGUGAAUUGCUGAAAGGAAUGUGUUUGGAGAAAAGGGUGUUUUAUCGUGCAAUAUCGGGACUACAUGCGAGUAUUAAUAUUCACCUCUGCGCGAAUUUCCUAAAACUAGAAUCCGGCGGAAUAAGUUUAGCCUCGCCCAAAGGAGAAUGGGGACCGAACGUAGAUGAGUUUAACCGGCGAUUUUCCUCCAGUAAAACGAAAGGCGAAGGUGCAAAUUGGCUGGCUAAUUUAUACUUCUUAUAUCUGCUCGAAUUGCGUGCGUUGGCGAAGGCUGCCGAGUACUUACGUAAGGAACCAUUUUAUACGGGCGACGAGGCGCAGGACUGGGACACUCAGUUGGCGGUUCAGGACUUACUAAAUGUCAUAACCAAAUUUCCGGAUCACUUCAACGAGUCCAUUAUGUUUAGUGGCGGUCAAGAGAUGAAGAAAUUAAAGAAGGAAUUCAAGGAGCACUUUCGCAAUAUCACACGUAUUAUGGAUUGUGUGGGGUGCGAUAAGUGCAAACUGUGGGGGAAGCUGCAGAUUCAAGGAUUGGGUACUGCCUUAAAAAUAUUAUUCGAUCAUGAUACUUCCUGGCCUAAAGCAAUAUCACAGAAAAGGGUGUUCAAUUUGGAACGUAGUGAAAUUGUUUCGCUCAUUAACAGUGUGGGACGGUUGUCCACCAGUAUUUAUGAGCUUGACGAGUUUCGGCAAUUGAGUAGGUGAUGUUUAGCGUAAUCUUUGUAUUUGUUUUCCUUUAGUCCACAAGGUACUAUUUAGUUAAUGAUUAGUGGUUGCUUGUUUACUUGUUAGAACUAGCAUUUUUUCUAUAAUUACUAUCAAUUUUCUGUAAAGAGCGCUUCUACACUUACGGGUUAACUUUGUUAUGGCUAAGGCUAGAAAUGGUGUAGAAACUACAAUUCCUAGACAAUAUGUUGCAAUUGCGCUUUCCUUGGAAAUAUUGAAUCUUUUGUACUACCCAAUAAUUUUCUUUUCUCUAGAGCUUAAGUAUACCCAAGAAAAGACUUUGCCAUAAGACUGCUUUACAAGUACACUUAAGUGGAAUUUACUAUUUAUUUCUAAAAUAUUUACUAUUCGCAAAAGCCAAAGUUUAAGACAAAGUCUUAUAGUUUAUUUAUUUAUUUAACGCUUUCAAUUCAGUAAAAAUACUCUUAAGCCCCACUUAAAAGCCACGUCAGGGUUUCUAUUUUUCAAUAAGUCCCUCUCGGUAUAAAGUCUGUCCUAUAUAUAUUAAAUAAUAAAUUAUUAAAUAAGGUUAUUUAUAAAUCUGUUAAUUUUGUUAGACAAUUUACUAUUCUAUUUCACAAAGGGAGAGAAUGAAAUUGUGAUCAGUAUGAACUCUAAAUGUGAUUGUAUUGUAAAAGACUCGGUACUUAAGUGAAGAGAAAUAGGUUUUCUCUUUAGUGACAUUUUUUAUUCUACGCUACUGUAAAGCUGGGAAAUUGUUUGUCUAACGAUGUAAAGCAAUUGUGAUUUUGUAGUAAAUUAAUUAAAUUCUUAAUGCUGGUGAUGUUAAUCUUUAUUGUGAUUAAGUAUACUGCUUUGAUAUUAUUUGUUAAUAGUAUAGAAUUUUUUCAUUCCCAUUUGCGUUUAAUGUUCUGUAUCAUAUGGAGUUUGAACGUUUUACUGACUUAUUUUUAAGUUAAUUCUUUUGGUGUGGCCCCUGUAAAUAUUAUUUAAGUAGUAUUUACCACUUGCUGGGAUUCUACAUAUUUAUAGUCUUGUCUGGUCGACAGGUGUCUUUAAUGUACAAAUAAGUUAAUAAUUUAUAUUUUUACUACUUCUAUUGACAAUUACUACAAAUUAUAAUUUAUUUCGUGUAAAAGACAUUAUUUACAAAUACAAAUAAAACCCUAUGAUU